AAAUUCUCAAGUUGACCGUAACCCGACCCAUUCAUUAUCUCUCUCAUUUCAGCUUCAAAGGUUGUCCAUGUGUUCUUAAUUUCACAACUAACCAACACCUUUUUUCAUUCAUUUAUUUCGUUUUAUUCAAUGUCUACUCCGACGACGGCUAAUAUUCCAUCAAACUGUCAUACGCCCUCUCCGAUUCCUUCACGACGCAUUCAAUACGAGCAUCGACUUCCUCAUCACGAUACCAACAAACGUACACGAAGGAGCAACUCAGAAAAUAUGACUGUCGAACAACCUUCUUCCGCCUCUGACUCUUCAUCACAAAGUGGUAUGGCAGACAACGAAACAGAGCCAGAACAACAGUCAGAACUAUCUUCUCAAACCGCUCCAGCUCCUAAGAAGAAACGUACACGCACUCUCACGACUCCGCACCAAUCUGCUGUCUUACACGCACUCCUCGCACAGUCUCGCUUCCCGACAACAACAAUGCGUGAGGAGGUAGGCCGCCAAAUUGGUCUCAGUGCUCGCAAAGUCCAAAUCUGGUUCCAAAACCAACGCCAGAAAGCCAGGCGUCCCCAGAGUGAUUCUGCACCGUUAUCUCGUCCAGCUCAUUUUGGGCCCUUCCCAGGCGCUCCGCAAUCAACUUCUUCCUCCCAUACAGCUCUUGAUGUUGGUAUGGCGGAAUCAUUCCCCGACAUUUCAGGAGCUUGUGCUCCGCGGAACCCCGUGCCUAGAUCAGGUCCGCCACUUGAUCCUGGGCUUUCAGGUCCUGGUAUACCCGGACGGUGCACGUCACCCUACCCCACCUCUUCAGAAGAGUAUCCCCACAUUGCAGCGAGCCCCGACUCCACCUCAUCAAUGCAAAACCGCAGCUCUCGCGGCCUUGAGGACUUUCCCAGCCUCACGCUACGCGAACCUGUUCCCCGCAUCCUUGCGUCACGCUCAUUUUUAAUGCACGAGGGCGCACAGUCCCCUCCCUCCUCGCGAGUGCUCCCACCCAUUCACUUUAGUGCCUUGGAAUCACGCAUCAGUACUGACCCUUAUGUGUCACCAACGUCCUCACUACCUCCCUCUCAACUAUCUUCUACCAGCAUUAUGCACCAACACGAGCCCACACGCCACACAGAGCGCAUCUCCACAGUGACAGGCAUCCCGCCUCCUUUCGCACUGCAACCCCAGCCGCAGUGGGAUCCGAAUAGCUUCGCGCCAUUCACCCGCCCGGAGUUCGCUUCAUUUUCGAGUCCAUCAAGGUCUGGGAGAUUCCUCUCCUCUGAAUCUCGUGAUCGCUUUGCUCCCCACGUCUCCCCAGAAUUGCACAGCACAAGGGAAUAUCGUCCGUUUUCAGGCGAGCGCCAGCUCACCUCACCCUCAGUUCUGCGUCCAUUCAACACUUUCCGUGAUAUAAUCGAUCCCAGAGGGUACCCUGCACGCGAGUCCUCAUCUAAAGACGCCAGCUCCAAGCGCUUAGACGAUGACGAACCCCGCCGGAACCGUUGAUAAUCUCUUUCCGCACCAGUGCAUGAUGCUGACGCUGACGCUUUUGCGCUCAUUUCGAUUCACGAUUGAAAUAUUCACGCAUUCCAUGAAGAAAAAAAUGAUGAGUUUCCCUAACAAGCCCCGAUAUACCAUGCUCGUUCCUUACCGCAACCACCGUACAAAAGUACAACUUUAAUCACUCGUUUUUUUCUCCGCGCUCUCGUUCGUUUGCGUUAUUGUUGUCUGUUCGAUCGUCGCCGCACACCCUUUUUUAUCCAUAUCGUCUCUCCUGUCUUAAUCGUCUAUCCCUACGGAAUUCCGUCAUACUAAUCUCAGUACAGCCUUUAUAACCACUGUUCUUUUACCACUUAUAUGUCAUUCUUUUCGAGCGCUUCCCCAUCUUCACAGAACUAUCUCUAU